UAUUUCUGUUGUUGCUUUGUGUGUGCAAUGCAAUGAGAGUGAGUGGCAAAAACAAUAAACUUAAAAACAUACCAAAGUGAAGAAUAGUGAAAGAAAAAGUGCUUUGAAAAAAACAUAAACAAAUCUAUUUCUAAACAAAAAAAAUCUUAAAAAAUACGAAUAAUAUGUGUGAUAAAGCGAAUGUUUGUUGCAAUCAAUUAGAGGCUGAGGCUUUACACAACAAUGAACAGUUAUUAAACUUAAAGAUACGCAGUAAAAAUAUUCAGUGGCAUGAAUAUGUUAUGCCUCUCAAAUCCCGCUCACGACCAGUAUUUUUACAGAGACAAUUUAAUUUCAUAAGUAAUUAUCGAGAACCUAUUGGCGAUCAUAAUCGACGAAAAGUUUUGGUUUGUCAUGAUAUGAUGGGCAAUUACUUGGAAGAUAGACACUAUCAUUCCUCAAAAAAAUAUGACGAUUAUCGUUUCUAUCAUUGGCCCGGCAUUGAUUAUUUCUGUUAUUUUAGCCACAAUUAUGUUACAAUACCACCAUGUGGUUGGAUAAAUGCUGCCCACAAACAUGGUGUAGCUGUUUUAGGUACCUUUAUUACUGAGGGCGCAAAAGGUUCACAGCUUUUACACGAAGUUUUAGAAUCAACGGAAAUGGUGAACAAUACUGUCGAUGCUUUGGUUAGAUUAUGCAGACACUAUCAUUUCGAUGGUUGGCUAAUCAAUAUCGAAUGUAAAGUGAGUCCAGAAUGUGUUUCGAAUUUAUUAUAUUUUGUGGAUAGACUACGUGAAAUUGUUGAACAAGAAAUUGAUUCUGGGUCAGUCAUUUGGUAUGACAGUGUCAUCGAAGGAGGUCAGUUAUCGUGGCAGAAUGAGAUCAAUGACAAAAAUGUGCGUUUCUUUAAGGCGGCCAAUGGUGCGCUCGUCAACUAUUCGUGGAAUGACCGUAGUCUUCAAGUCACACGUACGGUUUGCGAACAAGAACGUGAGCCCUUCGAAAAUGUCUUUUUUGGCAUAGAUAUUUUUGGUCGCGGGCAAACUGCCAAAUUUCAAAGUAAACAAACAUUGGCACGCAUUGUCAAGCAUCGUUUCUCUACGGGAAUUUUUGCACCAGGUUGGACGUAUGAAACGUUGCAACAGUAUGGUUAUAAUAUCAAAGAACCUUUGGGUGAUGACCAGGCGAAUGAGGCGUUUCUAAUGAGAAAUGAAAAGUUUUGGUGGUUAUUAUGGGAACAUUUGGCUACUCAUCCGUACAUAACAAUGCCCUUCUAUUCGGACUUUUGUUUGGGUUCAGGGAAAAAAACCUACGUGAGUGGUUUGCCAAAAACAACAAACACAGCAACAGCCACAGCAGCAACAACUUUACUGCCCUCUACCUCUGCAGCCGCAGAGCAAACAACUGCAGCAGAUAACACUGAGGGCAGAUUUUUCAAUUUGUCACGUCAAUCACUGCAGCCUUCGGUACCCUUGCAUGACUUAGCCACACGUUAUUAUGAUGAUGCCUUCAAUGGUGGCUCCUGUCUGCGCAUUUUACAAUACGACAGUAGUUUUCGUAUUUUCUCUUCCGACUUUAAAAUGCUGCGUGGUGGUUUGGUAUUUGCCUAUGCCUACAAACUAAAUCCCAGAGAUGGAGAAUUUGAUUGCAUUUUACGUUUUUGCACUGGCAAUAAUAGCAGAGAUUGUUACCUGUUCCUAGGAGAUUACUAUGAUACGGUCAGUUUGCAACGUGGUCGCUGUUAUGUUUCACCCUUCAAACCUAAAUACAAUGAAUUGUUAAGUGGCCCCCUAGAAUGUCCACAAAUACCCAAAGAUAUGGCUUUCAAAGAUUUUCAAGCCAAUGGCUGGCAGGUGCGCUAUUAUGUGGUCGAGUUCGAUGGUGCCAUACAAGUAAAAGAUAUUGGUUGUCUGUAUCGUAAGUCAGCUGAGGCAGAGGAUACUGCCUAUUUGGGUGCUGUUUAUAUUAAUGAAUUCGAUGUGAAUCAACAUGAUUUUCCUGCCGAUAGUAAUAUUGCUUUAAUACAAGUUUAUGGGGGAGAUUUAUUAAAUUAAAAAAAAGGGGGGAAUUUGGCUUAAAUAAAAAGAUGACAGUAAUGGGCAACUAGUUUUUACUGAAAGUAUUAGAAAAUUUCUAAAUUUAGUUUAAUUAUAUUUUUUAUUUAGAAUUGGUAAGGCUCUACCUCAACGGUUCAAAGAGUGUAAAGCUUUUUAGCUUUUCAGAAACAAUUGUUCGUUUAAAUUUAUAACAUUCCCGACAGAGUUUCUGCCACAAUUGAUUUAGUAUUUAGUAGCUUUAGUAUUCGUACUUUUUAAUAAUUUCAAAGCAUGUCUUUCUUUCACUAUAACACUGGACACUUUAAAGUUUAUAAAAUAAGUUUAUAAUUAGAAACAUUAUAUUAAAAGCUCUACAAAAAGACGUAUUACCAAAUAAAAUCAUAAUUAAUUUAAGAUUUUAGUAUAAUUUCAAUUCUUUAUAAAUUAGUAUUUUUAUAUAAGAAUUAUAUAUACAUUUAUUUUUAACAAAUGCCCCUAUUGUAAUACUGUCAUCUGUUACAAAUUUUCAGCACAAAAUAAAUUAAUUGUUAAAGAGAUAUUAGACCGGCUCGACUUUCUUACAAAAAUCAAGAACGUUUUUCAGUUAUGCCCUUAAAAUAAAGUUUGUUUUAUUGAAAGUUUCUCCUUUUUAUGACCUAAAAGUGAUUAAUAAAUUGUAGGCUUAAAAACUGAUUCGAAAAUUUUAUUAUAUUUCGCGCAGUCGCAAGAUCAUAAACUGUUUUCUGUAUUACUGUAUUUGUCUGUAAAAGUCAUAAAAAUGACUGAUAAAAUACUCAAAAAUUACUUAAUUAUAAUUUGGAAAUUACUCUAAAACGACCUGUAAUUCGACUCAAAAAAGAUUGAAAAAUGAGUUGGAACUGAUCAGAAGAGGGGCUCAUAAAAUACUCUUUCAUAAGAGUCGCGGCUAGGGUACCAUUUUCUAAGAAAACAAAGUUUCUUAAUAUAUACGAAGAAACAUAUUACUGCGAAUUCCGGUACUUCCGUAGAAUUAGAAAAGGGUUUUGAUUAAAUAAUAUUUCGUAUUAUAUACAAAAUGUUCGUAAAUAUUACGAAAAAAGUUCAGCAUGAGUUAUUUUCAGUGUAGAAAUUAUUCUGCAAAAUGAGAACAUGUUAAAUAAUGUCCUAAGAAAAGUAAUCAAUUCCUUAAACGAACUUAAACAUGAUCUCAGUUUUAAAACAUUCUUUCACAUUUACUCAAUAUUAUCGAAAUAAAGUUUUCUUCUUUUUUUUGCAAAUGUGAAAAUUUUUUUAAAAAAUCCAAAUUUGAAAAUGUGAAAAAUAUUUAAAAAAAAUUUAUAAAUCUAUAAAGAACCUUUUUCUAUAAAAAAAAUUAUUAAAUAAACACUUUGAGAAUUAUAACCUUAACAAUUUAACAAACUUUAUUUUGAUGACAAACUGAAAACUCAAAACUAUUCUCUUCCUGAUUUAAAUGGAAAUGUUUAACGUAUUUUAUAAAUUCAUAAAAAAUAUGAAUAUAUGUCUUAUUUUCUUAUUAUUCUAAAAUUAUUUUUUUAAAUUUUUUUCACAAAAUCAGCAAAACUACUAGAACUUAUUUGCACUAAACAAAUCUCUGUAACAGCAAAGAAAUUAAAAAAAUAUAAAAAUUAAUUUAUAUUUUAAUUAAAACACUUUUGUUGAGAAUUAUAGUGCAAAAUUGUGUAGUAAUAGCGAUUUUUGUUUUUUUUUUCAAAUAUUUCUUAAAAUUUAACUUAAUUUAAGCAAAAUUUUAAAAUUGUAAUUUUUUUGUAUUUAAAACUUUCUUUAAAAAUGUGAAUUUUCCUUUGUGCCAAAUAAAAAACUUGGGGAAUUUUUUUAAUAUUUAAUAGAAAACCAUAUAUAUUUAGCAGAUUUCUUAAAAAAAUAUUACUGUUAGUGGGAUCCUUAAACAACUGUAUGAAAGUCAAUCCUUGUCUAAUAUAAAAUUUAGUAUUUUAUAUAAUUUUCGAAAUAUUUUUAAAACAUUUUCUCAAUUCAAUUUUAUAUAAUUACUAUAAAAUUAUAUAACAAUUAAGUUAUGUUUAAUUAAAAUCAUUUGCUCCCAAAUACAAAAACCCAUACAAAUUAUUGCCAUUAGUCAAAUUUUAUAAUUAUACACAUCUACAAAUAAAUAUAUAUAUAUUUUGUAAUAACAUAUAACUACUUAAAAAAAUAUUUUUGUAAUAAUUUUU